CAGAAGCCACAGCAAGGAUUCUCUGCGUGCCCGCUCAUUCGUUGACUUAACAUGUCUAGCGCUUCCAGCCCGCGAUUAAUCGUCUACCCAAGAUCAAAGUAAAUACUUGCUAGACUAAAUAUUUUCAUCAGCACAACUCUGUUGUUAAAUAAUGGUAUGUUCACACAGGAGCUUACAAACACGACUUGUGGUGUAAUGUGAAACAGUUCAGUGGACUUGUAAACUAAAUGGAUACAAUGGAGACUAGUACCGACACUUUAGAAGUCUUUGUGCGACCAGGAGAGACGACCGCUAUAGUAGCCAUUAUUACUAUGAUGGCAGUCAUUAUUGCAUUAGGGAGCGUUGGCAACAUACUGGUGACGUUAGCAGUCAUCCAAACCAAGAAACUUCAGACAGUGUCCAAUAUGUUUGUGGCCAACCUGAGUAUCUGUGACCUGAUGUUCGUGUCGGUAGUGCUGCCGGUCAACAUGUACACAUACGUCUUCAACGGCUGGCAGUUCAACAUGGACAUUUGCAGAUUCAUUGGAUUUCUCGGAUACACGCUCACGGGUACAACAAUUAUGACGAUAACACUGAUCGCAUGGAACAGGUACAAGCUGGUAGUGAACGUGAGCCGCUAUAAAAAACUAUUCAGACCAAGAAAUAUGGCAAUAAUGCUGGCGGCAACCUGGAUCGUUCCCAUUAUAUUCUUACAGCCUGCUAUUUUUGGGGCCUGGGGUCAAUUUGGUUACAUCCCUAUGCUCUCCAGCUGUAACUUGGGACUCGACAAUUCCAGCCAGACCUUCAAAAUUUUCCUCCUGAUAGUCCGUGCUGCCAUCCCGUGUGGCCUCAUCAUCUACUACUACACGGCUAUUUACGUCACAACACGCGCAUCCCACCAGCGAUUGCGUCAUAUGGCCUCCACAUCCAACACUCUCUUCAGGCACAACAACCACAGACGUGAGAUGAGACUAACGAGAAUGAUGAUAGCCAUAUUUGUGGUGUUUGUGCUGAGUUAUUUCCCAUGCACCAUCUCCAGCGUCAUAGACUGGAGUAAAAUGUUGAGUAAAACAUUUCACAUGUUCUGCCAGACCUCUGUGUUUCUGGGCAGCGCCAUCAACCCUCUGCUUUACGGUUUUAUGAACGACCAGUUCCGGAAAGCCUACUAUCAAAUACUAACUUGCCGUAUGGUUUUCCGGAGAAGUAAAAGAAACAAACUAAAUGGACCAUUGUCCACUGACCAAGAGAAGACAGAAGUAAAGUGUGCAGCUUUAGCAUACCAGGUGCUGGAGGUGGACAAGCUGUGCAUGCUGCCAGACAGGAGUGACUCACCAGCCAUGCACGGACAGUGGGAAAAUAGUGAAGACAAUGUUGAGAACUGGCCUGGAUCAACUACCACUACCUGUACAUCUAACAUGUCAACAAAAAGUCUUCAACUGUGCAACGAAAAUCAGCUCUAUCCUAUUGAAAACACAAGCCUCAAGGAUGGGGCCCAACAAACUGUUAACUAAAUCUAUUAAUUUAUUGUUGAUUUGCACACAAGGUAACUGUAAUAUAAUGCUACACCAUUGUUGAUGUUGAAUUUUUUUUAACAAUAAAGAUUGGCUUAAUAAUGUGUACAUAUAAAUCUGUGAUCCUGAGGCAAAUGUUAAAUGUUGGCAAUACAAAAUUCAUAAACAAACCCUAUAGUUUACAUGAUAACCCAGACAUGUCAAAUACAGCAUUAAAAUUUGUUAAUUAUUUUUAGUUUAGGCAAAAAUUAAAUUUUAACCCAAGCUUAGUCUCAUUACUGACAACAUCCAUUUUGUUUUUGUCAGUUUUCGGAGUUUUCCAAAUUUUACUAGCAGUAAUCACUAACAAAGAAAUCUAUAUGCAUCAGAAGUUGUAGCCUAAUUGGGGGUUGAAUAAAAAUGGUCGUUGUAAAAUGUCUGUAAUGUGAUAUUUUAACAUUAUGUAGAAAGGCUUUCAAUAAAAAGAACAACAAGAAAAAACAAACAAAAAAAAAGUUGUGUUUGAAGUGUGAAGAUAACUAUAGGGGUCUAUUUGUGAAUAUACCACUGUAUCUUGACAGUAUGUGUA